UGGUGACGCAGCCCUCUCUCUUGCAGGCAUCCUGUCCACGCACAAGAUCAUAGCCAGCUCCCCGGAGAUGGAUCUGCCCACGGUGUCCGUGCUCAGGAAGAUGGGCGUGAACCUGACUCGAAGCAACAAGGAGACAGUGCGUAACAGCGACGUCUUGUUCCUGGCCGUCAAGCCGCACAUCAUCCCCUUCAUCCUGGAUGAGAUCGGGGCUGAUGUCCAGGCCAGGCAUAUUGUGGUCUCCUGUGCUGCCGGUGUCACCAUCAGCUCUGUGGAGAAGAAGCUGAUGGCGUUCCAGCCGGCGCCCAAGGUGAUCCGCUGCAUGACCAACACGCCUGUGGUGGUUCGGGAGGGGGCCACGGUGUACGCCACGGGCACCCAUGCCCUGGUGGAGGAUGGGCAGCUCCUGGAGCAGCUCAUGAGCAGCGUGGGCUUCUGCACUGAAGUGGAGGAGGACCUGAUUGACGCCGUCACGGGGCUCAGUGGCAGCGGUCCUGCUUACGCAUUCAUGGCCCUGGAGGCGUUGGCUGACGGUGGGGUGAAAAUGGGCCUUCCUCGGCGCCUGGCAGUUCGACUGGGGGCCCAGGCCUUGCUGGGAGCUGCCAAGAUGCUGCUGGACUCGGAGCAGCACCCGGGCCAGCUCAAAGACAAUGUCUGCUCCCCGGGAGGGGCCACCAUCCAUGCCCUGCACUUCCUGGAGAGCGGGGGCUUCCGGUCCCUGCUCAUCAAUGCAGUUGAGGCCUCCUGCAUCCGAACACGAGAGCUGCAGUGCAUGGCUGACCAAGAAAAGAUCCCCACGGCAGCCGUGAAGAAGACUCUCCUGGACAGAGUGAAGCUGGAAUCACCCACGGUGUCCACAUUGGCCGCGUCCAACCCGAGCAUGCUCCUCACGAGAAGCCCAGCCCCGGGAGGCAAGAAGGACUAGCAUGACCUCUCCCCUGCUGGGGCUCCAGGGCCUGAUCCCAGAGCUCUGCAGGCUGAAGCAGCCACAGGUCGCUUCCAUGGCUUUGUGAUAAACAUCUUCAAAUGUGUGCAGGUCAGUGCAGGCAGAACAGGCAGCGUUUGGAACCUCGCCUGUCCGGAAUGAGAAGCUGUUCUGUGGGCUGUGCUAGAAACCAGCCCGCCCUGCUCUCCUCCCACGGGAGGUGGGGGGGGCAGCAAGGGCCUGGCCUUCAGCCCCAGCCAGACCUGGCAGUCUGAGGAGGACCAUUCACCUGGGGACAUGAGCCUGGGACGGGCAGCUUCCCUGUUAAAUAAGGUGAAAGAGAAAAACACGAAUGGAUUUUCCUCUUGGCAGUCCUAAAGGGAGAAGAAGCAAGCGGCUUAGAAUUUCACAGUUCCCCAGAAAUGUCCUCAGUCAGACUAGACCUGUAUGUAUGUUUCCCUGGCUCCACAGAUGCACUAUUUUAAUAAGUGCUUUUCAGAGCCGCUAGUGUUCCCUGUGUUGAUAAAGUUGUAUUGCUUUUC